UGCCACGCCUGCCCGCCAUGGCCUCGAGCUGGCACGACACGCUCACCAUCGAGACGAUCGAGAAGGAGCGCGCCAACCCGCCGUUUGACGUGCGCGCCCUCUCCAUCGCCCAGCAUGGCAGCGAGAAGGAGCUGCUGCUCAAGGAGCGCUUCAUGCUCGAGAUUGCCCGCGACCCCGUCUUCUACAUGGGCGAUGUGCACGACCUGACCAAGGACGAGCUGCGCGAGCGCACGAUGCAGAAGAUUGGCUCGCUGGUGCACUGCGUGCAGAACGAGUCGAUCGAGAACUUCACGAAGCGCAUGGAGCUCAUCGGCCUCUUCGACCCCGGCUUCUGGACGCGCUUCGGCGUGCACUACGGCCUCUUCCUCGGCGCCAUCCGCUCCGGCGCCACGCCUGGCCAGUUCAGCUACUGGAUGGACAAGGGCGUCGUGACGUGCCAGGGCAUGUUUGGCUGCUUCGGCAUGACGGAGCUGGCGCACGGCUCCAACGUUGCUGGCCUGGAGACGACGGCCACGUUCGACGAGCAGACGGACGAGUUUGUGGUGCACACGCCGAACCUCGGCGCCACCAAGUGGUGGAUCGGCGGCGCCGCACAGACGGCGACGCACUGCUCCGUCUUUGCGCAGCUCGUCAUCCGCGGCAAGAAGCACGGCACAAAGACGUUCAUCGUGCCGCUGCGCGACCCCAUGACGUUUGCGCUGCUGCCCGGCGUGAACAUCGGCGACAUUGGCAAGAAGAUGGGCCGCGACGGCAUUGACAACGGCUACAUCCAGUUCACGAACGUGCGCAUCCCGCGCGCGUACAUGCUCAUGAAGCACACGCAGGUGACGCGCGAGGGCGAGGUGCGCGAGCCGCCGAUCCAGCAGCUCACGUACGGCGCGCUGCUGCAAGGCCGCACGGCCAUGGUCACCGACGCCGCCAACACGGCCAAGAAGGCGCUGACAAUUGCGGUGCGCUACGCCGCCGUGCGCCGGCAGUUCAAGUCGUCGCCCGACGCCGAGCUCGAGACGCAGAUCCUCGACUACCCCAUCCACCAGCGGCGCCUCAUGCCGCUCGUGGCGCAGGCCGUGGCGUUUGGCUUCACGGCGCUGCAGCUGCAGCGGCUGUUCGAGGAGACGAGCAGCGCCCUCGAGGCGCUCGAGCCGGGAGACCCGAACCUGAACGCGACGAUUGAGCUGCUCAAGGAGACGCACGCCACGUCGGCCGGCCUCAAGGCCUUCUGCACGUGGGCCACGCUCGACACCAUCGAGAAGGCGCGCCAGGCGUGCGGCGGCCACGGCUACUCGUCGUACAACGGCUUUGCCUCGAUGUUCACCGACUUUGCCGUGCACUGCUCGUGGGAGGGCGACAACAGUGUGCUCUCGCUGCAGUCGGGCCGCGCGCUUAUUGCUGCGUACCGCGACGCCAUGGACGGCAAGAAGCUGGCCGAGGGCACGUCGUACCUGAACAACAUCGAGCAGGUGCUGUCGCGCAAGUGCCGGAGCAACGAGGAGCUCGUCACGCUUGCGGGCAUCGAGGAGGGCUGGGCCACGGUCGCCGCACACGCCGUGCGCAAGGCCGGCGAGGACUUUGCCGCGCUGCUCAAGCAGGGCAAGAGCCGCGACGAGGCGUUCGAGGCCUGCUCGCAGGUGCGCUUCGUCGCCGCCAGCGUGCACACGAGCGGCUUCAUCUUCCGGCAGUUCAAGAAGGCCGUCGAGAAGAUUGAGAAGGGUGCCGACGGCGUGCGCGAGCACCUCGAGAAGGUCGCUGUGCUGUACGGCCUCUGGCAGCUCGAGGAGAAGGCGGCCUUCUUCCUGCGUUCCGGCUGGCUCUCUGGCUCGCAGCUCGACCACGCUCAGGCCAAGGUGACGGCGCUCUGCUAUGAGAUCCGUCUCUCUGCGGUCCCGCUCGUCGACUCCUUUGCCAUCUCCGACCACAUCCUCAACUCGCCCAUCGGCCGCUACGACGGCGACAUCUACCGCGCCUACUUUGCGCAGGUGCGCAAGUCGAACCCGCAGGGCAAGGAGCACCCGUACUUUGAGCGCAUCAUCAAGCCCUUCAUGCACCGCCCCACGCAGGAGCUCGAGGACUUCGACGAGAUGGGCCUCGACGACGAGAUCCAGGAGAUCAAGGAGGAGCAGGAGGAGGCCGCCGAGGAGGCAAAGGCGGCAGAGGAGGAGAAGAAGCAGCAGCUGGCCGAGGAGGCAAAGAAGAACGCCAAGUAGGCGCGUGCUCUGCUUGCCCCUCUCCACUCGCGUGCUUCCGUCUCUUCACCUUGGUCAUCUUGGCGCCGCGCUACCCCGUCUCCUCCCUCUCCGCGCCGAGCUCA